AUGUUGUUAACAAGGCAAAAGCAAGGACGACAUGUUCAAAGUCUGAAUCUGUGGAAUGCUUCGGCCGAGGAUGUUAUCACCAAGGCGGAUAAGAAGUGUGAUCAGAUACUUAAGAAAGUUAAGACAACAAAUGACGUUGGUGAAGAUAAAAUUUAUAAGUUAGCUGAUAAGUUACAAAAGGAGGGUAAUAGACUUUUGGACGCUGCGCAAAAUGCCAAGUUGGCUGUUGAGGCUCAAGUAAAAUCAGCGUUGGAGGCUGUUGUGGAAAUGGACUCGGAGCUUAAGAGGGAUUUGAGGAGUGUGAAGGAUAAGAUUAAGGAUAGGAUAAAAACUGUGAUUGAGGAUUCGGAAGUUGAGAGUUUGGAUCAGAAAGUGCAAGAGGAUUUGGGGACGUUGAAGGACAAGAUUAGUGAGCUUAGAAACAAUAUCAAUCCGCCUGGUGGUAUUGUUCGAAAUGAAUUAGAUGCGCUUGAGAAGGCGAAGACACAGUUUGAGCAGGACACUAAACGAAUCAAGGAUGAGACGGAUGGGCUUGAUAAAAAGUUUGAUGAAAGUAUCAAGGAACCGCUUGACGAAAAAGUCCAAGCAGUUGACUCGGCGAUUGGGACGCUUGGCGGGAAUUUUAAAGGGCUAAACUCAGAUGAGCAAAAGAAACUUGAAAAGAUUUUCGGGCAUAUUAAAACAAAGGUUGGGGAGACUAAGGGGAGUAAGGGAACGCCACAAAAUGGUUGGCAAAUUAAUGGUGCCACAGGUCUUGAAGGCAUCGCACAGGGAGUGGAGCAUUAUUUCAAUUUUUUCCACGGUGACUUCGGCAAAGCAGUCACCGGCUGGCUGGAUGAUAUCAUGCGUAAUAACGACGCUUGA